GGCUGUGUUGCGAAUGUUUGCUUUUAUUUUGGCAAUGCAACAGCAUGUUAUGGUCUGAUUUUGCAUAUUUAUUACGUCACGCUGCAUUGGGCUCUGAAAUCAGCUUUCUGGCCCUCAAAGAAUUGAGGAAAUAUUGGGUAGCAUUGCUUUGGAAUACAUCUUAUUUAAUUUCGUUGAGGCAAGAUAGCCUAUAUUGUUUGUAGUACCGUAAACUUGGCGUCAUUUUAUAUCAAUACUUUUAAUGGCAGGCCUGGAUUUUGGCAGUCUGAAUUAAUGAGUUAUAGACGGUGUGUGCAUGCUUUGCAGAUGUUAGAGCAGGAUAGUGUUCAUUGUUCUCGGCUAGAAAUAGCUGUACAAAAUAAGUAAUUGUACCUUACUGAACCCGUGUUCAGCAGUUGUCUACGAUCAUGAAAAUGCACUUUUGUACGUCGCUUUGGAUAAAAGCGUCUGCCAAAUGAAUGUAAUGUAAUGUAAUGUGAGUAAUUUGGCAUUUUUGUACGUUGAAAACGUGUUUUUGAUGAGAUUUCGAUAUAAUGCACAUGCUGUAGUGAGCUCGCCUGACCUGUUGAAACUGCGUAGUAGGAAUCUUGACUUUGUGGUAGCAGUAUGACUACAAAAUACGGAAGUGUAAUAGGUCCAUAAAAAGUUUGCACAUUUACUUUUGGGCUGCUGACUAUCAUGUGAUAGUGUUACCUGAUUUUACGAUAAUAAUAUUUUAUGUUUCCUUUUUGUUACCGUAGUCUUGCUGUUUCAGUGGUUAGGUUCUUGAAAAUGCCUGGGUUGAGAGAAAGGUUAAGAGCGAUUUUCACGGUGGAGCCCGUUCUUUUCUUCUUCAUGACGAGUACUUUCAUUUUUGUACCAGCAUUUCAACAGCUUGUCAUCGCCAAGGUGUGCAAUGAGAUGUACCCAAACAAGACGGUCUGUGCUGAUUCCAUCCAGAUAAAGGGGGAUGUGGAAAUUCAGAGGCAAUCCUCCUACAUUCUCUUGGCCUACACUGGAAUGCUCAGCCUGGUGUCCAUCCCUCCAGCCAUGAUAUUGGGCUCCUGGUCUGACCAAGGGGGGCGCAAGUUGGGCAUGGUCCUGCCCAGCCUGCUGGCCCUGGUUUCCAGUUCCGUCUUCAUCGCCAUGGCGGUUGUGGAAAGUGCCAGCGCCUACUGGGGCGUGGCGGCGGCCCUGGUGUCGGGGCUCUCGGGCAGCCACGUCUCCGUGUUCCUCAGCUGCUUCAGCUACGUGGCCGACGUUGCCGACGCCAGCAGCCGCACCCGACGCAUGGCCCUGGCCGAGUCCAUGGUCUUCGUGGGCGGGACGGCGGGCUUCCUCCUCAGCGGCUUCCUGCUAACCCGGUUUGGGUUUGUGGCGACUUUCGGGGUCUGCUGCGCUUUCCACGUUCUCAGCGUCCUGUACGUCCUGCUGUGGCUGCCCAGCCCUGACCGGACGACGCAGACCCUGCUCGCCGACAGCCAGGAAGAGGCGGGCAGCGUCCCGCUCGGGCUGUCCGUCCUGACGUACGCCGGACGCUCCUUCAAGACCAUGUUCAGAGAGCGGCGGGACGGCGAGAAACAUAAGCUUCUCCUCCUGAUGAUCUGCACCUUCCUGAACAACUUGAUAGCUAUGGGAGAUCAGGCUGUCUUACUCCUCUAUCUGACGUACACGCCAAGAGAGUUCACCACAGAGAUGUAUGGUGUGUUCAACUCUGCACGGAUGCUGUUGUUUGGAUUUGCCUUGAUGGGGCUGUUUCCAUUGCUGUUGAGAUGCUUUGGGGAGAUGACGCUGGCCAAAAUGAGCGCCUUCUUAAGGACGGUGUCUUGUGUCCUAAUGGCGUUUUCCACAAACACAUGGAUGGUGUUUCUGGCGGCGGUGGUGGGGACACCAUCUGGGAUCCCGCAGGCUGUGACCCGAUCCCUGUCUUCUGCCAUCGUUGACCCCAAUGAGCAAGGUGCUAUGUUUUCCUUUAUGGCCUCGAUGGAGGCCUUGUGCCUCCUUGUCGCUGCGAUGCUGUUCAAUGGCUUAUACCCUUUGACCUUGACAUCAUUCCCUGGGAUGGUCUUCAUCAUGAUGGCCGGAUUUGCCUUCAUUAUAUUGAUCUUCAUACAGUGGAUCAGCGAAAUGCCAGCCACCCAACCUCGCCUGGUCGACCAGGACUAAACUGCUGCUGCACCUUGGGAUACUGACGGGAGAGGGAAGUUUCAGGGGCUCGUAAUGGGCGGUGCUACAUUGACCUGUCAAUAACUUCCUUCACCCAAUCAAACAUUUUUUUUUCUGCUCUCCGCUGCAGAAAGCACAAUGACUGCUCCAAGGAGCAUUCCAAAUGAGAAGAAAAGUGAAUCUUAUAAUAAACAAAUUUUGUACCACUCA